AUGAUCAUAGCAAUUUGGAACGGCCGGGGGUUGGGGAACGGCCCGGCUGUUAAUGGUCUUCUGGAUCUCCGGAAGAGGGAGGACCCUGAUGUUUUGUUUGUGUCUGAGACAAAAAUGGAGCAAGAUAAGUUGGAGUGGUUCCGUUGGAAGCUUGAGAUGCCACAUAUGAUGGUUAAGAAUUGUGAGGGGAGAAGUGGAGGUUUGGUGCUUUUUUGGAAGAGAGAGGUGAAUCUGAAAGUGAUAGGUUUCAUGUCGAGAUAUCAUAUCGACACGGAGAUCACUGAGCCAGAUGGCUUUGUUUGGCGUUUCACUGGAAUAUACGGUGACCCACGCACGGAUGGAAAGGAGAAUACAUGGAGAUUGAUGCGCACUUUGAGGCACCAGAAUAAUAAACCAUGGCUUUGCGGAGGGGAUUUCAAUGAGAUCCUUCAUCCGUGGGAGAAGGAGGGGGGAGUGCCAAGACCACAAGCAUGUAUGGACCGGUUCAAGGAGACUUUGGAGUUGUGUGAGUUGGAUGAUUUGCGAUUUGUAGGAGAUGCCUUCACAUGGAGGAACAAUAACCAUGAUGCAAAUAAGUACAUAAGGGAAAGGCUCGAUCGUGCGGUGGCAACACAAUCAUGGCGUGACCGUUUCCCUGGGUAUAAAGUUGUGAAUGGUGAUCCAAGACAUUCUGACCACCGUCCCAUCAUUAUAAAUACACAUGGGGUGGAGAAAGCACGACGGAGCCCAGCUAGGGGAAUGGUGCCGAGGUUUGAAGCCAAGUGGUUAGCGGAGGAGGAAUAUGCUACUAUUGUUGAAAAUGCAUGGGAUAUGGAGGUGUAUGGGCAUCAGAAAGGUGUGAUGGGAGCGGUGAAGGGGAUCCUGGGAGAACUUGUGGACUGGAACCGAAAUAAGUUGGGAGACCUGGAGAAGAGAAUAAGCAAAAUAAAAAAGGAGCUAGAGGUUUGGAGAAAGAAGGGUACACGAGUGGAUGAACUCUUGGAUCACAUUGAUCCACGGGUGACACCGGCUAUGAACGAGUUGCUAUGCAAGGAGUUCAAUGCACAGGAGGUCAAGGAGGCCUUGGAUAGUAUUGGUGAUCUUAAGGCUCCGGGAAUUGAUGGACAAUGGGAUGAACAGUUGGUCCGUGACAAUUUCAUGGAGAUUGAUGCUGAUGCUAUACUAGCCACUCCAAUUCGAGAUGAUUUUGAGGACUUCUUUGCAUGGCAUUAUGAUUCCAGGGACCUGAGACAAAAGAAGGAGGAUGGGGUUUUGUUGUCAGGGAUAACCAUGGCCAAGUACGCGGAUCAGGAGCUGGCAAACUUUCCUGCAUCGCGAGCGCAGCACAAGCAGAGGCUCGAGCAUGCGAAGAGGCAGCACACGCAGCUUCUGAGUGGGGAAUGA